AUGAUAUUGUCAAGAUUGAAGAAAGUAUUCCUUUGUGUUUAUCUCAUCGUAUAUUAUGCAUCAACCCAUGCGCCUGCGGCCGCCACGGACACGAACUUUCUUGGUAGUCCUUUACUGGGUGACUUCCACGAUGUGAACGAGAUGCAACCCGUUGUGGUCAUUAGCUUCCUUUCAACUUGUGCCGGGAUUUCUCUAGACACGUCACCACCGUCUUGUUUCAUCACCAAGUUCAUCGAGUCCAUGUUUCCUGAACAACAAGAGUGGGGAGGUUCUUCUUGUUUGCUGGAAGAGUUCGCGGUAUCCAGUGCGGCCGCGAGAGCGCGACAACUUUGUCCCGAUAGCACAGAUGACGAGCAACAUGCUCUUCAAGCCGUCUUGACAAACCAGCAGUGCGCCCAAGAACUUUGUUACGAACAAUCGUUCUAUGGGAUUGAGGCAGCUUGGAUGAACAACUGUGGUGACAUCAGGCUGCCUGAUCCUCAGGCGUCCGAGGAACAAGAAGUGAUGCUCUCUUGCAUGCUCCAUUUUGCAAUGUCUUCACCUGCUUCAGUCUUUGAUUUGUCGUAUCCGACGGUGGGAUCCAUUGAAGCCUGCUUUGCACCGGCAUACGAGACCAUGGCAAUGUUCUGCCCUCAAGUACUGGCACCUAGAGCACACGACGAGUGCUCGGAAGCUACUUCGGAGAUGGAUUCGACGGCAGCAAGUAUGACUAACGAAAGCUCGGGGCAAUAUCAACUGUUCAUCGACUUUUGCCAUCUGAUGAUAGAGUUGAGCGAGUCUCCAAAACGACAAUGCCUUGUUCCACUUUGCGCGUACUAUGACACGACAUCUUCGCCAACCUUUGUUGCAACAUUGGCGCCGUCAUCAAAACCCAGUGUGCCCCCCAGCAGUGAGCCUUCCAAUGGCCCCUCUCUCCGACCAACAUCUUCGCCCAGUGAUCGUCCAAGCUCUUACCCGACAAGCUUUCCAUCCAAGAGCCCCAGCACUGUGCCAACCAAUUCUCCGACGUUCUUUCCUAGCACUGUACCUUCAAUGGCUCCCUCCAACUUGCCAUCAUUCUCCCCGAGCUCUACUCCAUCAAUGGCACCCACAACUAAUCCAUCCCAGAUCCCAUCGCAGAGCCCAUCCCAAGGACCGAGCAUGCUUCCAAGUUCGAUCCCCAGCUCUACUCCUUCACUUUCUCCCUCCAACUUGCCAUCGUAUUCGCCAAGCUCAAGUCCGUCGGCAUUCCCAAGUGCAGCACCUUCAGUGCAACCAUCAAUCUUGCAGCCUUCGAUUGAAGAAGAGAUUGACGUGGUCGAAGUACAGCUCUACACUUUCCUCAUCGUGAACAAUGUCGGCAUGGCAGGUAUGACGCCCGAAGAGGAGGAGGAGUUAUUCUUGGCCUUCGAAGCGUCCGUGACAAGGUCGCUGUACGAUUCCAGUGGGUUUGGCUUGGUAUCACUUGGGGAUAUUGACGGCUCUGUUGCGGUACAAGUCGUGUCGACGGAAGAGCUUGAGGCAGAGCCACCUUCCCUCGGAGUGGAUUUCCAGGUGACUCUUCGAGGAGAGUGUCCUAGUACUUGCAAUAGCACGGCUUUGGCGGAUGACCUGUUGCAGGACUUCUUCCAGAGACUGAAGGAUGCGAUCGCUUCCGGCGCUUUAGCCCAAGCCCUUCGGCAAGAGGGCACAGAGAGGAACAUUGAGACCCUCGAAUCUGUUUCGAUUCCACAAGAUCAAUCAGCAUUUGUUCGCUUUAACAUCCGGGUACGAGAGCCAUACAAUGAGGUCCAAACCGUCGAACGAAAAGAUAUCAGUGCUGCAAGUUCUGUACGACCAGUUUCGUUGAUUGUCCUCGCCUUCACAAUGGUGUCUGCCCUGGUAGUUGCCACAGCGAUACAAUAA